GCUUCUUACCCAGCGUAAGCACUGCCUACGCAAGAGCAGUUACGCAAGGCAGACUGCGUAGGCAAAUGUUGUAGUAGAAAGGGAAUGUCGGUCUGUGAAUGAUCGGUUUCUGAGGCGGCAGGGGAACGUCAACGUUAUGGGUGAGAGCGCUAAUCUGGAGGGGUAUGUGGGCUUUGCAAGCCUCCCGAACCAAGUGUAUCGGAAGUCUGUCAAGAGGGGCUUUGAGUUCACUCUCAUGGUCGUGGGCGAGUCGGGUCUGGGGAAGUCCACGUUGAUCAACUCUCUCUUCCUAACAGACCUGUAUUCAUCCGAGUACCCUGGACCCUCCCACCGGAUAAAAAAGACUGUACAGGUGGAGCAGUCCAAGGUGUUAGUGAAGGAAGGAGGAGUCCAGCUCCUUCUGACGAUAGUCGACACCCCUGGCUUCGGAGACGCCGUCGACAACAGCAACUGCUGGCAACCCGUCAUCGACCACAUCGACAGCAAGUUCGAGGACUACCUGAACUCGGAGUCGCGGGUCAACCGACGACAGAUGCCCGACAGCCGCAUCCACAGCUGCCUGUACUUCAUCGCCCCCUCGGGCCACGGGCUGAAGCCUCUGGACAUCGAGUUCAUGAAGCGGUUGCACGAGAAGGUCAACGUCAUCCCGCUGAUCGCAAAAGCAGACACGCUCACGCCCGAAGAGUGCCAACAGUUCAAGAAACAGAUCAUGAGGGAAAUCCAAGAGCACAAAAUCAAGAUCUACGAGUUCCCAGAGUCGGACGAGGAAGAGGAGAACAGACUUGUGAAAAAGAUCAAGGACAAGCUGCCCCUGGCUGUGGUCGGCAGCAACACCAUCAUCGAGGUGAACGGCAAGCGGGCCCGAGGGAGGCAGUACCCCUGGGGGGUAGCGGAAGUGGAGAACGGCGACCACUGUGACUUCACCAUCCUCAGAGACAUGCUCAUCAGGACCCAUAUGCAGGACCUGAAGGACGUCACCAACAACGUGCACUAUGAGAACUACCGCAGCAGGAAGCUGGCUGCCGUCACGUACAACGGCGUCGACAACAACAGAGCCAAGGGUCAGAACUCCACCAAACGUGACACAGGUGAAGGAAUAAGCCCCCUGGCCCAGAUGGAGGAGGAGAGGCGGGAGCACGUCUCCAAGAUGAAGAAGAUGGAGAUGGAGAUGGAGCAGGUGUUUGAGAUGAAGGUCAAGGAGAAGGUGCAGAAGCUCAAGGACUCCGAGGCAGAGCUCCAGCGGCGUCACGAGCAGAUGAAGAGGAACCUGGAGGCCCAGCACAAGGAGCUGGAGGAGAAGCGGCGUCUGUUUGAGGACGAGCGGGCCAACUGGGAGACGCAGCAGAGACUGGAGCAGCAGAAACUCGACGCGUCCAGAACCUUGGAGAAAAACAAAAAGAAAGGCAAGAUCUUUUAAACAAGGACAGUGCGACGCUGCUACCCCCCUCCUAGGUGUCGGGGCGUUUGCCAACAUUUCCGGUCAGGACACCCAACGGUCUGCGGCACUACCCUCUCCAGCUUUCUCCCUCCCUCUCUCCCCCCCCUCUCUCUCGCCCACCCAACCAUCACCACCUGCGGGACUGUGCUUCCCCUCGCGGCCACCAGAGGGCGGUACAGUGGGUGAAGAGCAGGUGUUCGGGUGGGGCUCUGCAUGUCCUGUUGUGUGAACUGCAACCAGAGCGCCCCCGUCCCGCCCCCCACCCCUCAAUGCUAGGCCACCGUGGGUCUCAGCCAACGUGUUGACCUUUUACGGGGCCGAAUAACAGAAGAACGACUAAAUAACGCCAUCUUUAGAAAGGCCAAACCCAUUAUUAUUAUAAUUAUUAUUAUUGUUGUUGUUAUUAUUGUUAUGAUGAAUACGGUCCCUAUGCCCCGCUCUCCCAUCGCUAUCAGUUACCCCCCCCCCCCCUGCCAGGUUGCGGUUGGACAACUCCCUUAUAGAGUUGUAAGGAGUUUCAUAGUCACCCCCACCAACACAUGGCCACACACACGCGUGUGUCUAACAGUUGUACAAUCAAACAGGUUGAAUUGUAUUGGUUCACAGGUCACGAGUGUGAAGUAAAUGAACACGGUAGCUCUGCUCCCCCCCGUGUGAAGUAUCGAAGUAGAAAACGUAAAGAAACCAAAAAAAACAGACCAUCGAGUCGCGGGAUUCCCGUCGAGCGUGAACGGGAUUGCCGCCGAGCGUGAACGGGAUUCCCUUCGAGCAUGAAUGGGAAUCCCAUUGUGCUUGAGCGGGAAUACCGUCUAAGGUCACGGGAAUACCGUCGUCUCUCGUCGCGAAGUCAGGGACGCACCGGCGACCCAUGUCCCGCAAAUACUAGCGCUUGGAUAACACGCACCUUGGACUUUUUUCCAGCAAUAACAAACCAAACGGCUCCGCCUCCCCAUGCCCCGAACGUUGACUUCUGUGUUUAGUAUCGCCAUUAGCCUCGGACCACCGUGUAUAACUUGAUGAGUGUUAUAUAUUUCAGUUUAUUUUUAUUUUUUUAUAUUUACCGAGCCAGCCGAAGUGAUCCAUGAUUAUUUUGUAUGUGUGGAUCAUUUCUCAUCGACCCGAGAACAGCAAGCCCUCUGGUUGAACCGUUUAUCGGAAGACAUCCGAUAAAUGGUCCGCCAGGGCAGGGAAAGAUUAUUUCAGUAACAGUGGAAAUAAUGUUGGUGGGAAAUGGAGAAGUCGACAUCGAAGAUUCUUGGGCUAUGUACUCUUAUCUCUGUAUUUUUAAUUUUAUUUUUCAUUUGUAAUGUACAAAGUCACUUAAUAAACCUGUGAUAAUAUGGA